AUGGCGCGCGGGAAAAAUGUCGAGGUUAGCGAGUAUGAGCGCAAGAGACAGGAAAACAUCGCAAAGACACAGGCGCUCCUGCGCAACCUCGAGAUGGAGGCUGCGCAGGCAGGCCUAGGGCCUACAGGCAAGGCGAAGGUGUCUGUACCAUCAAGGCCAAAGACCAAGAAGCCAGCGCCCAAGAAGAUCAAGGAGGAAGAGACUGCGCCGCGUCGAACAUCGUCACGUCUAAGGGGCAUUGUAGCCGACAGUGAGGUCGCGAAGCGCAAAGCAGAGGAUGAAUACGCUGCCAUAAGAGAGGCCGAUCGCGCAAAGAGACAGCGCAUAAGUGAUGCAUAUAACUUCAGCGAUAUUGUGGUCGCCGGCAAGGACUGGAACAAGAGCGGCAAUUUUCUCUCUGUUGGCCCAGCAGAUCCGUACGCACGCACUUUCGACUACAAUGACGUAAAGGAAACAACGGACAAAGAGCUAAGAGCGCUUCGUGAGCGCAUGAGUGGUCUGCAGCUUUGGGAGGACUUUGAGCCUAAUGAGAUCAAAAUCACACCCGAGCGCAUCUACUCCAUGGGCCUGCAUCCUACAACGGACAAACCUCUGAUAUUUGCUGGUGACAAACUGGGAAACCUGGGCAUAUGUGACGCUUCCCAGAAAGCCGCCGAGGUGAAGGUGGAAGAUGAUGAGGAUGCAGAGAGAGAAGGGCCUACCAUUACAACCCUGAAGCCGCAUACACGGACAAUACACACGUUCCAAUUCAGUCCUCACGAUGCCAAUACACUAUACUCUGCUUCGUAUGAUUCGACGGUACGAAAGUUGGAUCUUGCAAAAGGGGUUGCUAUUGAAGUUUAUUCACCCCCCGAUGCACGCGAAGAAGCCCCGCUCUCUGGGCUCGAGAUCUCCAAGGACGAUCCGAACACGCUAUAUUUCUCCACACUCGACGGCCAAUUCGGCAUAUACGAUAUGCGUACGCCGUCUGAAAAGGCAGCAGGGCUACAAAUCUUCCAGUUGUCCGACAAGAAGAUUGGUGGCUUCACUCUACAUCCUCUACACCCACAUCUCGUAGCCACGGCCUCUCUUGACCGUACAUUGAAGAUCUGGGAUUUGCGCAAAAUCACAGGCAAGGGGGAUGAUCGCUUACCGACCCUUGUUAGUGAGCAUACCAGCAAGCUAUCUGUCUCACACGCUGCAUGGAACUCUGCUGGUCAAGUGGCUACGGCUUCAUACGACGACACUAUUAAAAUCCACGAUUUCGGGAAUUGUGCUGACUGGAAGGCCGGGACGACUUUGGAAGAAGCCGAGAUGGAGCCUACGGUUAUUGUGCCGCACAACAACCAGACUGGGCGAUGGGUUACAAUAUUACGAGCCCAGUGGCAACAGUUUCCUCAGGACAAUGUGCAGCGCUUCUGUAUUGGCAAUAUGAACCGCUUUGUAGACAUAUACACUGCAAAGGGCGAGCAGCUGGCGCAGCUGGGAGGUGAGGGUAUUACAGCAGUACCGGCUGUUGCAAAGUUCCAUCCUACACUUGACUGGGUGGCAGCUGGAACGGCAAGUGGCAAGCUCUGUCUGUGGAUGUAG